AUGGACCAGCCGCCGUCCGUGACUGAUCAAGUGAAGCAUCCCCAGCAGUCUCCGGGCUUCUUCUCUGCAAAGCCCUCGGUCUUCCAUGUGGACGCCUCCGCCGCUUGUGCUCCCAUGGCUCGCGAGCUUCCUGAUUCUCCCCCUGCCAUCGCUUGCCCAACUACUGCAUGCUACGGGAGUGAGGAGGGGCAGUUCCCGGCGGACAAUCUGUUUGCGGCUGCCGGGCAGGGGAUAUGGGACAAUGGCGCGUCCUGCGGCAGGGAGUACUUGGUGAGAUGCCUGAGCUCAGCGACGCCGGACGCAUGCGCCCAGGGCCGGACCAUCCAUGUCGUCAUACUCGAUGAGGCCGCCGCACUCAAUUCGAUGCCUUCGACGAACGGGACCACCAUGGUUCUAUCAACCACUGCCUUCCGGAUGAUAACCCAGCACUCCGUAGAUGUCAUCAACAUCGAAUUCACCCAGUAA